AUGGGAUCCACAGGAGAAGUACUUCAACAAGUAAAAGAUACUUAUGCAAAUGCUGUAAUUGUUGAUGAUGUGAAUGGAUUUGAUAAUGUUUUGGUUGAUACUUUUGUUAGCCGAAUAGAGAAAUUUGGAUUGGCUAAAGAAGACUUGGAUUUGAAAAUGGCCUCAUCAACAAGGCCAUCUGAAGGGAGCACACAAACGCAAACCAACACUUUUGCCUAUCUUCAUUUAUAUGAUUCGUUAAAAUUGUAUGCAUUAGCUGUUCGGAAAGUAAUGAAUAAAACUGAUGAGGCUAAUCAAACGGCGGCUGUACUUGAUGGACAUCAAAUUUGGAGUGCUAUGAGACGACUUUCCUUUGACGGUUCUAAUACUGGAUUAGUUCAAAUGGACGACUUGGCUGACAGAGCGCCCCAAUUCGCUGCUUUCUUUAUUGCUCCAAACAGAGAGAAAGUUUUGAAAAUGGUACAGAUGACUACUUAUAGAAUUCCAAAUUGUGACGGAACUAUUAAUAGAACUGGGUGUUAUGACUUGAAAUUGACUGACGUAAUGACUGGCUUCUGGCCUUCCGAGAACGGGGCAAUGCCCCCAGAUGAACCAGUUUGCGGCUUCAGAGGUCAACGUUGUUCUUACACUGUUGAAAUUGCUGUUGGGGCAACUGUUUUGGCUCUAAUUAUGCUUAUUCUUUUACUUUGGUUGUUACGUCGACAUUGCCAAACCCGCGCUUUAAACAAAAUGCCUUGGCGUUUAUUCAGCGACGAUUUUCGUCUAAUAGACGAAGAAGCAGCUCGUUCUCUCCUUUCUAUUGGAAGUUCUAAUACAAAAUUGUCAAAUCAAAGUAUUGGGGGAAGCAAAAAACACGCAAUACUUGGUGUUAAUACACACGCAACUUAUAGAAGAUUUAUUCAAAAGCAACCACUAAAAUUUAAUAGAGAAGAUAUGGUUUUGUUGACAGCUGUAAAAGAUGCUAUCCACGAUAAUAUUAAUCCGUUUCUUGGAAUGGCUUUUAAUGAUAAGGAGGAAAUGUUUAUUCUUUGGAAGUUUUGUUCGCGUGGGAGUGUUCAAGACAUUAUUUACAACAAAAGUAUGACUUUAGAUGAGAAAUUCCAUGCUGCUUUUGUUCGUGAUAUUACUUUGGGUUUAGAAUAUUUGCAUUUAUCAAAAGUUGGUUUUCACGGUUUAUUAAGUCCAUCUACUUGUGUAAUUGACCGAAAUUGGUCUGUUCGUUUAACCGAUUUUGGAUUGGCUACAAUGCUUGAAAGAUGGCAAAAGGAAGGGCAAAUACAGCCUUAUAAGGCUGAAGAAGAGGAAGAAGUUGUUAAAGAAAAGAGGCGGGGAAGUAAAGAAAAAUCUUGUCCAACUGCUUUUGAUAGAAGGGGAUUGAAAGCUAAUUGUUUGUUGUUUUUUUAUUAA